AAACAACCAAACCCAGAUAAACACUUCGGAUUUUUAAUUUGACAAAAGGUGUGACACGGACUCUCUGACAAGCAGACGAUAUUUACACACACACUGUUUACCUGGGCAGGCGACCUCGUGGUGUGGCAGACGAUACAGGUACUUCUGCUGACAAGUGACUCGAGAUUACUCUAGCAUGAACAAAAAUGUGUAAUAAUAGAAGCAUAGAUUGUAUUCCAUGACGUGUGUAGUUCAGAGGAAUGUAUUAACAAUGUGUGUAGGGACAGGAUGUAAGAUUGUGAAUUUCAUUCAAAUUUGAUGGAGGAAUUUGUUUCACAUUGACAACAUGAUUUCAUUGAGGAAUAUUCGCUUGUGAUGUGAUUUGAGGAUCAGGCUUUUAAACUUUCAGUUAGUUACAGCUUGGGUGAAGGUGUGAAGGUCGCCGCCAGCUAAGGAGGGGUCAAGGUCUUGAUGUGGCUGGCAUGGCGGAGUGGUGUGCUCUCGCGUGGAUCGUGUGGACGUGUGUUCAUGUGGUGCAAGCCUCACAAGUAGAUAAAAGAUUUAUAUUUCGAAGUACAGCCGGGGUCGAAGUUCAGGUGACAGGAAACCGAUACAAAAGGGCGGUGAACAAGGACAUGGUUGGGUUCAAUGAGGAGGAGAAGCGAGCCUUGUUGGCCAGACACAACUACUUGAGGAGUAGAGAGGGGGCCAGUGAUAUGAUGGCAAUGAAAUGGGACGAGAAGCUGGAAAAAUCCGCACAAGUGUACUCUGAAAAAUGCAUCUUCGAGCACAGCAAGAACAGAGAAAACCUGGCAGGUUACCGGUAUGUUGGGGAGAAUCUUUACGCCGGGACAGGAGAGUUUGACCCGCCAAAUGUGAUACAAUUGUUCUACGAUGAGAAAUACAACUACAGCUAUGACACUGGUCAAUGUUUUAUUUCCAUGUGUGGACACUAUACACAGGUCGUGUGGUCCAGCAGUAAUUUUCUGGGCUGUGGGGUCAAGUACUGUCCAGUUCUACAGGGUGCCUCUACAUUUGACCACGGCUAUAUUGUUGUCUGUCAUUACGGUCCAGGCGGCAACAUUCAGGGUAGGAAACCUUUCACAAAGGGAGACAAAUGUACCAAGUGCCCAGCGGAAACAAAAUACUGCCAUAAAGGAAUGUGUGUUGUAAGACCACAGAUUGGAGUGUCUACCCACAUACACUCGACAACAUACACGCUCACACUCGGCGUGGCCUUGUUAGCUGUGUUAUGUAUUCUAUAGCAGCUCACCAUAGACCAUAAUUUUUUGUAGCAUAAUUAUCAACAAACUAUAUUUUAUAUUUCCUCUAAUAAGUUCACUCCAUGUUCCCUCGUUCCAAUUAUUUGCUGUGUAUCCCUAUAAUUUAGACCGUUUGCCUUGUCAUUGAAUUUAUGACUCCGAAUUUAAGUAUGACCCCGCGCAUUUUAGGCUGGGAGUUUAUGCUGACUUAAUGUGAUGUGUGUGGGGGGGGGGGAGGCAUGGAGGGAGGAAGGGGAUAGUGGCUAGAAAUAUGAUGUAGCAUCAUGAUUGAAUCUACGAGGGUAAAUGUAUUUAACAAUGUAAACCAAUUUUUUAAUACAAGUGUAAAUCAAUUUAUAAAUGUAAAUGUAUCUACGGAUGUAAAUGUUUUGCCAGUGUAAAUCAAUUUAUAAAUGUAAAUUUAUCUACGAAUGAAAACGUUUUGCCAGUGGAAAUCAAUUUAUAAAUGUAAAUGUAUCUACGAAUGAAAAAUGUAUCUAGGUAUGUAAAUGUAUUUAUCAAUGUAAAUCAAUUUAUGAAUGUAAAUGUAUUUACAAAUGUAAAUGUAUCUACCAAUGUAAACUGAUAUAACUGAUCUAGAAAGUAAAUUUAUAAAACUGUAUGUGUAGUAUGUUCUACCACUGUGUAGGUCCCAAUUCCAACAUCGGCAAACAAACGUCUUUCAAAUAUUUUGUUAUAUCUCAUAUUUUUAAAGUUUAAAUAAAAAACAAUCAAUUGC